AUGCUCCGCGUCGUCAUUGAAGAGAAGUGGCGUAACGCACAGGUUCCCGUAGAAAAGGAUAGACAAGUCGUGGUCAAUACACUUGGCAAUCUAGCCCAUAUUGGGUCGUUCCACUGGAGCGUUGCCAUGGGAGCAUGCAUCGCCCAGUCAUCGUCCAUGGCCAUGCCGGCGCGGGAAUUCGUCAACAUGACCCGCGAAUGCUCGCUUAGUCUCCUUGUCCUUUAUGCGACGUUCCUUUCUGAUCUCAUACGUGUCGCCCGAGUCGAUUCCACAGUUGCAGACGCACUCAAAGGCCUGAACCAAAUUGUGCAUACCGGUGUGGCCCUCAACAAGCAAGACGAAGAGUGGGCUUACCAGAACGACCUGAAGAUCAUGACUUCCUAUGGUACUACGGAAACUGGUCCUAUGAUGUGCUCUCGCCUCGGUACAGACCCACUUUCGCGUUUAUUACGACCUUUCCCAGGCGCGAAUCCUCUGUUUAUCCCAUAUAAGAGCAUGGACGAUGAUGCAGAGGAGGAUGGCUACUAUCAUUCUAACGACCUAUUUGAGCCACUGGAGGACGGUUGGAUUUAUAGAGGGCGUGCUGGUGAUUGGAUCAAAACUCUUGGUGGGUUUUGCGAUACGAAGAGCAUUGAGGACAACGUGCGGAAGACUUGCGCAGACAUCAUUCACGAUGCUGUGGUAGUCGGGACGGGACGGCUUCAUGUGUGCCUCGUCGUCGAGAGCGCAGUGAACGGACUGAAUGAUGAAGAGAAGCUGGCGCUCUCGCGGACCAUUAUAGAUCGGACCGCUGAGUUCAACACACGCCUCUUCAAACAUGAGCGCGUUCAAGAUCCCAAACUUGUUCUCGUUGUUGACAAGGGAGCACUUCCGCGGACAAAGGAGAAAGGAAAUGUACAACGAUCUGCCGUGGAGAGAAUGUUCCUGGAACAGCUCGACCUCAUUGCAGGCACUCUAUAG